AUGCAGAAUCCUUUAACUUUUUCUGCAGGUGGUGUUUUUUUGCAUGCUAAUCCUGCAGAGAAACAUUGUGUCCAACAAAGUAUGCUGGGUCAGCAAAACCAAGAAACUUGUGCUGGAAAGACAGUAUCCACAGAUAAACACAAAUCCCCUUCAGAUAUAAUACGAAGUUUUCAGAAGAAAAGUCAGUUUCGGACCAUUGCUCCAAAAAUGGUACCAAAAAUUUUGACAUCUGGAGUGGUUUCUUGUCUUCAGUCAUCUUUGCCUGAGCAAAAUGCACCAAUUUCAGCUGCAGGUUGUAAACCACUGGUGGUACCAACUCAAAACUAUGCUGUCAUGCAGGUGGCUGGUCACGAGGGGACUUUUUCUCUGUUGGCCUUGCCAUAUAUGGCCCCUGCCCUGACACAGCAAGUCCAGCAGUCAAAUGUUUCUGAAAACCUAAAGCUGCCUAUCCCUAGGUACCAAUCUGUAAGAAAUAAGUUGCUGAGUGACAAAAAAACAGCACAAAUCUCUGUAUUGGGUGCAUGUAACAAGACUCCUACCAAAGCAUUGAUCUCAUCACAGACUUGUCCCAUGACUACUUUAACUGAAGACUGUUCUGAAACUCAUUCUAGUUCAGAUUCAACUGAGCAAGCGAUGCUAGCAGACUCUGACUCAGCUGAAAUUACAGCUGCCACAUUAGUAAAGAAAAGUGACUGUGUGGAAUCUGUAUCUCCUUUAGUGAACAAAACUGAAAUUGCUAAUGAUAAUGUUUCUGGACCAUCUGUAGUUAAAGACUCUUUAUCCAAGCCAGCAAGUGCAAUUAAUCCCAUAAAACUAAGUCUACGCUCUGCAAAGAGAGCAUCUGGAACCACAAAAGAGUCAGUCAUAGCGUCUGAGACACUAAAGGAAAAACCCACAAAUUCUGCUGCUGUCCUGUCACCGGCAGGUUUUGGCAGUACAAUACAGAUGACUCCAUCAGCACCAAAAGGAAAACUUCCUAUUCUACCUUACUCAAGGAUGAAAAAUUCAGUGUUGUGUAAAUCUAAGCAGAAUAAUAAUGUUACGGAUGUAUCUGGUCCUUCAUUAAGAUCUGAAAGUGAAAAGAUACCAGCUUUGGCGAAAACUUGUCAUAUUCCUGCUAAAGCAUCUGAUAAGCGGUCAGCUGUAUCAUUUACGCAAGUCCCCAAACAAACCAUUCGAGAAAAUACAUUAUCUCCAUCCAAUAAAGUGGAUAUCGACAGUCUUAAAAAAUUGAACAGUGCAGCCUCUCUAAGAAGAGGCAGGAAAAGAAGAUCCCCAGAUGAUUUAUUGGCUUUUCAGACCAAGCGAAGGAAAUGCGUCAUAAGUAAGUUUAGAGAAGGAAGAGAGAAGGCAAAAGUUGAUCUUCAGCCACCUGAAGACAAAAAAGCGGAGGCAGUAAAGAAAUACCGUAGUAUUAGACCAAAACCUGUGGUAGUUGUGCAGGCUUUUGCACCGCUGACUUCUGCAGCAAUAAUAGAGGCACCGUCUCCUGACCGUUUAGACCAAGACAUUUUUUUAAAUAGUUCAUUUCCCAAUAAAUAUUUAAGUUACAAGCACAGUGAUGCAACAUCAGCUCAAUCAAGUGAUUUAAGUAGAAAUGCAUGCUCAACCGUACCUAGGCCAUCACAUAAAUGUCAUGUUUGUAACCAUAUAUUCCAGUUUAAGCACCAUCUUCAGGACCACAUGAACACACAUACAAACAAACGGCCUUACAGUUGUCGAAUUUGCCGGAAAGCCUAUAUUCAUUCUGGAAGCCUGAGCACACAUAUGAAACUCCAUCACAAUGAAGGCAAACCUAAAAAGCUUGUGUGCUGUGAAUUCUGCGCUAAAGUUUUUGGCCAUGCAAAAGUGUAUUUUGGCCACCUCAGAGAAGUGCACAGGGUUGUUAUCAGCACAGAGCCCUCUACUAGUGAUCAGCAGCUGCAAGAUGCUUUAAAGAAGAGAGGCACAAAUACAAAAGAGGCAGAAGAAGCAACAGAGAGGGGAAAUAAAUGCAAUUUUGAGGACCUAUUCCAUAACCCAGGAGAAGUGAAAUUACAGAUCAAAUGUGGUCGAUGCCAGUUUGUUGCCCAGUCUUUUGGUGAAAUGAAGUUUCACUUACUGUGCUCUCAUGGAGAAGAGAUCCAGGGAAGAGUAAAGGAAGGGGUUUUGCAAGGAAAUAGAGGAGCUAAGGGGGAUCUGAUCAAACACACAACCCCCUUCUGGAGACAGCGCAAUGAGAGAAGACAUUUAGCAAAAUGCAGUGGCCAUGAGGAGUUUUAUGCUUUUCCAAAACUGAAAAGGCAGAUACACUUUCACCGUCAAACUAAUGUUGAUAUGUUACCUAAAAGUGAGCUAACUCAGUCAGGAAGCGGUGAAGCAGCCAAGGAGAUGCAGAAUGUAGGUUUUAGUGCGCCAAGCAAAAAAAUAGAAAUUUGGUCUAAAGCAGGCUAUAACUGCAUUUUGUGCAAACAGUUAUUUGGAAGAAAAGAGGAUCUUUGUACUCAUUGGCAGAGUCAUCAUAACUGUGAAGACCCUUCCACUUUAUGGACAAUUUUUAGUUUGUUAUCAAAACAAGGAAUUAUUGAACUUUCUAAUAAUGGUGAAUAUUGAAGAUCAGUUCUACGAUGCU